AUGAAAUUUGGGAAAGAGUUCAAGAAACAAAAAGUGCCGGAGUGGACAGAUGCUUAUAUGGAUUAUAAUGGGCUCAAAAGAAUUUUAGGAGAAAUCUUGCAGUACAAGCAAAGUAAGCAACCUCCAACACCCAUGAGAGCCCGUCACCAGAAGUUGAAAUUGCGUAGAACCUUCAGUGGACUACAUGCACGAUCUGGUAAUCUUGUUAACAGUGGGGAUAUCGAAGAGCAAGUGAUUGAUGUCAGCACAUCACCAAGAGAUGGUUCUGGUUCUGGACAUUUCUACAAGACUAAUUUUCUGAGGCAGUCUGAACAAGGGGGAGAGAUUGAGGUUAUGUUCUUCAGAAAGCUUGAUCAAGAACUCAACAAGGUCAAUAACUUUUAUUACGACAAGGUGAAGGCAGUGCUGGACGAAGCAACUGAUCUAAAUAAACAAAUGGAUGCCCUGAUUGCUUUGCGAAUCAAGGUGGAGGGAAAACCUCCUCCUGCCGAUAAUGCUGCUUCAAUGCCCUUAAGAAGCAGUACUUCAAGCACUGCUAGAAUUCGAAAAAGUGAGAAUGCUGAUACAAAAGUUGAAGUGGACAUGAAUGAUAAUUGUCGAGGGGGAUGUUCUUCUGGUGACCCAGAAGUUGGUCCAGUUCGCACUACCAAUUACAGUAGUGAUAGCCAAGAGAAGGAGAACCUAUACAAGUGCAAAGAAGAUUCACUGGAAAUCCUUGAGCACGUUAAGAUUAACAAUACACUGGAAUCUCCAUUUUCAACUUUAAAAGGUGUUUUCAAGGAUUCUAAAGAUGAUGAGUUGAGAUUUAAAAAGGAGGAGCUGAAGGAAGCUGAAGAUCGAUUGAAAGCUGUGUUUAUUGAAUUCUAUCGAAAGCUACUUCUUCUUAAGCACUACAGUUUCAUGAAUCUCGCAGCAUUUUCCAAGAUAAUGAAGAAGUACGAAAAGAUCUCUUUUAGGAGGGCAUCCAGAUCAUACAUGAAAAUUGUGGACAACUCUUACAUUGGCAGCUGUGAUGAGGUUAACGCUCUUUUGGAAAGGGUAGAGACUACCUUCAUCAACCAUUUUUCAAACUCAAAUCGCAGAAAAGGUAUGAAGUUAUUGAGACCAAAAGCGAAAAGAGAAAAGCACAAAGUAACUUUCUUAUCAGGGUUCUUUUCUGGUUGCUCUUUUGCAUUAAUUGUUGCUAUUGUAUUAAGAAUAGAAGCCCUGAAUCUAAUGGACAAGAAGGAGGGUGCCUUGUACAUGGUUAACAUUUUCCCCCUUUACAGUUUAUUUGGAUAUGUUGUUCUACAUAUGCUCAUGUACGCUGCAGACAUAUAUUUUUGGAGGCGUUAUGGAGUCAACUAUCCAUUUAUAUUAGGUCUCAAGCAGGGAACUGAAUUGGGCUAUCGAGAAGUCUUCCUCCUUAGCACAGGUCUUGCAGUACUUGCUCUAGCUAGUUUCUUGGCAAAUUUGCACCUGGACAUGGGCUCAAGACAUUACCAGAAAUUAACUCAACUGCUUCCUCUGUUUUCAAUUACAACUCUUAUUGUUUUACUCUUCUGUCCUUUCAACAUAAUAUACCGUUCAAGUCGCUUCUUCUUUCUUAAAUCCCUAUUUCGUUGCGUUUGUGCCCCACUCUACAAGGUUACACUUCCAGACUUUCUCUUGGCAGACAAUCUUACCAGUCAGGUCCAGGCCCUGCGGAGUAUAGAGUUGUACGUAUGCUACUAUGGUUUGGGAGAAUAUUCCGAGAGACAAAAUAAGUGCCAUAGUCAUGGCAUUUAUAAUGUUUUCUAUUUUGUUAUUGCUGUUAUACCAUUCUGGCUCCGCUUUCUCCAGUGCCUCCGCAGAUUGUGUGAAGAGAAGGAUGCAGUGCAAGGAUAUAAUGGUUUGAAAUACUUCUUGAUAAUCAUUGCAGUUCUUAUCAGAACAGCUUUUGAGCUGAAGAAGGGGACAAACUGGUUAGUGCUUGCAUUGAUCAGCUCAGCCAUUGCAACAGCUAUGAGUACAUAUUGGGAUAUUGUUGUUGAUUGGGGGCUUCUGAGAAGGAGAUCAAAGAACCCGUAUUUGAGAGAUAAACUAGUUAUUUCCCACAAGAGUGUCUAUUUUGCAGCAGUGGUCCUGAAUAUACUACUGAGAGUUGCGUGGAUGCAGCUAGUUCUAGAAUUCAAGUUGCAUUCGCUUCAUAGAAUGACCUUAACAACUGUCAUUUCCUGCCUUGAAAUUAUCCGUCGUGGCAUUUGGAACUUCUUCAGGUUGGAGAAUGAGCACUUGAACAAUGUUGGUAAGUACCGAGCAUUCAAGUCAGUUCCACUUCCUUUUUGUUACUACAACGAAGAAGAAGACAAGGAUGAUUAGCAUCACAGUCUCUAUUCAAUUGAGCAUUGAGUUCAAUAAUGCAAGUGCUAUAGCUUUGAGGAUCAAAUCCAGUAUCCAUGGGCA